AUGGGACCCGAGGCGGCUGCCGAGACAACUGCAAGCGAUAAAUGCGCCGCUCGCUCUCGGUGGCUGGAGGCGAGGCUUCCUUGUUCUAGGCUUGCUGGUUAUAGAAACUCGGUUAUGUGGAGUUCUCGCAGCGGGAGUCCAUGGAGGGACAGGCAGUCGGCAGAGGUGGAGUGCGUAUCAGGAGGUAGGGAGGGGUGUGUAGGAGCCCCGAAUUGUUUCCAGGUGGUUGCCAUGGUGCCCCCGAGAUGUAGAGACCCCCUAGAAGUCUGCGGCAAUGGCCGUGUCGAGGCCUCUGCCGCCAAGGGGGGCGACUGCCGGUGGGCUGCGAGUUCAUCUCGCGUUGCUCGCUUUCUGUUGGUUGCUGCUGACGAUUUUUGCUGGGAGGACGGCUGCCAAGUAUCCUUUUCCAGCGCCACGCACGCCUGGUCGCCAGGAAAGUGCUCAGGCUUUGGGGGGUGCAGCAGGCGCGCCAUCACUAGGCGUGGUGCUGCUCAACAUGUUGCAACUGCUGCCGAAGACUCUGCAACCGAAGGAGCGGCGUCAGUCCCUGGAACCCCUUCAGUCUCUGAAACCCCACCAGUUUCUACGCCCCCGUCGAAUGUAGUCUCGCCGGAUCCACCGCAAGUCGCGUCCGUGUCUGCUUGCGCUGCGAGUCGCCCAGAGGAGUGGCUGGCUGUCGUGCAGCUCUUGCACGCGCCGUCUCAUGCCGUUGCUGCCGCAUUGGUGCAAGAGACCCUCCAGUGUCUCCUGUGGGGUAGCGAUAGCGAGAUCCAGGUCGUCUACGAGCUCAUUACGCCCAAUCAAGAGCAGCUGCAGCGCCUCGAGCAGCAGCCAGGACUCAAACAAGCCUUAGAGGAGGGUGCUGUGCAGGUGCACAUUUUUUUCGAAGAUCGCGGCGUGUCAUCUGCGAACCUCCAACGCAGCAGCCUUGAAGCUAGCAGCACAAGGCGAGAGCGAGGCCUUGUAUUGAUUCGAUCGCUAAAAGACGUUGCAUUUGCCGCCGAUCUCGUGAUUCCAGCGGCCUCGCGCCGAUCCGAUGGCGCUGCUGCAGUUCGUAUGGCAAGCCAAGCGCUGGAGCAACAGAAGCUGCACCAGCAAGGGUUCCCACAGCAGGCGGUGCUUCUGCAAAGAUGUCGCGCUGCCCUUCCUCUGCGACGUGGAAUCCUUUGGAGCUCGCUCCUCUGUGCAGAGGCCACGGCAAAGCUCAGGGAAAAGGCGGGCGAAGACGCUCUUCCAACGGCCGUUCAGGCAGUCGAGGCUGCUCCCCUACUACCGCUCUCCUGGUGCACGCUGGGCCAUGCACUUCGCCUUCGAGGUCGGCUGUGGGAAAGCAACUGCUGCUACAAGACGGCAGAAAGCCUGGCUGCGGGUUGUGCUGCAGCAGCGACUCCGAAAUCUUCGCCGCGUGCUGCUAUUGCCUCCAUCGCUGCUGCUGCUAUCCCUGCAAGGCUUACCGAGGCCCUUGAGCGAGCUCUGAGGAGGGCCAAGUUGGAUCCGAAGGAGCUGCGCGGCGCGCUGCCUACUUUGUUGCAGACAACGGUAGAGGCCCCGUGGGGCUUUGCUGUCGACGCAAAUCCUCAGGAACUGGGAGGUUCGUACAUCGCAUAUGUGGUCGAAGGCAGCAAAGCAGACGAGGCAGGCCUUAUGCAAGGGGAUCAGAUAGUGAUCGCGAACGACACCAGCGUGCUAGGUGCCCCUUUUAGCAAGUGUCUCCAAGCCUUGCGCACUCGGCAGGUGAUCAAACCCGAACAGCCUCAGCAGCAAGUACAGCUGCUGCCCCUGAAGCUCGACGUGUACAGAGGGGCCCUUCCCCUCCUGUACAGCGCCCCCGGGCUCGCGAUGUUGCAGCGCCUUGAUGCAGUUGCAGAUAUGCUCGGGAACGAAGGUGAAAAGGCCAACCAGAAGGAGGCACUGCUCACCCACGUGCCAGCAGGAAGCCUUAGAGGCAUCCUCCAGGGGGGUAGCUUUGGGGCCCCGCAGUUGUUCUAG